AAUUUUUAGACGCCAUGUUGAUAACAUUGUGAAAAGUGUUUGGUGUUCAAACCGGUGAUCGAGACGCUGGAAAAAGUAUAUGGAGAAAUAUGGAAUAAUUGAAGAGUGACAAAUAUUGUUAAACAUCGAAUCGUGACUUGUUACAUAGGUUAUUUUGUGAUAUUUUUUAUUUGUCUGCUUCAGAAAUAAUGCUUAUAAAUGUGGUUUUCCACAUUUUACUGGGCAAUAUAAUUGAAAGUUAACUGAAGAAAUUGGCUACUCCAAAGUGAUUUUCACAGAAACACGGAUAUAUUAAUUUCGUGCUACAAAUACUCUAUCUUUCUCUAUCUCUUACCUAUUGAUACAUUUUGAUUACACAAAUAAUAACUACACAAUGUUGCACACAUAUUGUUAAUAAUUGAGACUUUUUUCUGUUGCUAUCAGGUUAUGUUACAUUAGGAUAUCGAUUAUGAUUAUUUCAUUACAAUUUCGUGAACUGAUUUUUUGCGACAUAUAUUCAAGGUUGCUGAUAAACGUCUCUUCUAAAGGAACCAGAAAAUAUGGCACAGAGAUUUCCUGUACCAAAUACAGGAAGUAAUGGACCUCCUCCUCAACGAUAUCCACCUUCAUCGGUGCCGCCAAACUUGCGCCAGUAUUCUGGGCCCAAUUUCCCAAUGCAACAGAGAUCUGGAUACCCCCCGCCACAAAUGGGUAAUGCAGGACCUGGCCCAGGAGGGAUAAUGAGACCGAACCAACCUUACUCAAAUAUGCGUCAAGGUCCAAUGCCUACGCCACCUGGAAAAAGAGCUGCGGAUCAACGUAUUCCUAUGUCACAGCAAAAACCCGAUUUUUCACAUUCCACAUCAAAGAAAAAGAAGAAAUUGGCAGACAAAAUAUUGCCUCAGAAAGUACGCGAUUUAGUGCCGGAAUCGCAAGCUUAUAUGGAUUUACUCGCGUUUGAGAGAAAAUUAGAUGCAACUAUAAUGCGAAAACGUCUCGAUAUUCAAGAAGCUUUGAAACGUCCAAUGAAACAAAAACGAAAAUUGCGCAUUUUUAUCUCAAAUACAUUUUAUCCCGCUAAAGAAGCAGGUGAAGGAGAAGAAGGAUCUGUAGCAUCCUGGGAACUUAGAGUCGAAGGACGUCUUUUAGACGAUACUAAAAAUGAUCCCAAUAAGGUGAAACGCAAAUUCUCGUCUUUCUUCAAAAGUUUAGUGAUAGAGUUAGAUAAAGAUUUAUAUGGUCCUGACAAUCAUUUAGUUGAAUGGCAUCGUACAUUGACUACUCAAGAAACUGAUGGCUUUCAAGUUAAAAGGCCAGGUGAUAAAAAUGUUCGUUGCACAAUUCUUCUUCUUCUCGAUUAUCAGCCAUUGCAGUUUAAAUUGGAUCCAAGAUUAGCACGAUUAUUAGGUGUGCACACGCAAACACGGCCCGUAAUUAUAUCUGCGCUUUGGCAGUAUAUAAAGACUCACAAGCUACAAGACAGUCACGAGAGAGAAUUUAUCAAUUGUGAUAAAUACUUGGAACAGAUAUUUGCCUGUGCGCGAAUGAAAUUUGCCGAAAUACCGCAACGACUGAAUCCAUUAUUGCAUCCGCCUGAUCCUAUCGUAAUAAAUCAUGUCAUAAGUGUAGAAGGCACAGAAACAAAGCAGACUGCCUGUUACGACAUUGAUGUGGAGGUUGAUGAUACUCUGAAGGCACAAAUGAAUAAUUUCUUAUUGUCAACCGCGAGCCAGCAGGAAAUUCAGAGUCUAGAUAACAAGAUUCACGAAACUGUCGAGACAAUUAAUCAAUUGAAGACUAACCGCGAAUUCUUUCUCAGUUUCGCCAAAGAUCCGCAACAAUUUAUUAACAAAUGGAUCAUCUCUCAAACUAGAGAUUUAAAAACCAUGACGGAUGUUGUUGGCAAUCCAGAGGAAGAACGAAGAGCUGAAUUUUAUUAUCAACCAUGGGCGCAGGAAGCUGUGUGUCGGUACUUUUAUACUAAAGUUCAGCAGAAACGGGCAGAAUUGGAACAAGCAUUAGGUAUCAGGAACUCUUAAAACUAUCGAAACUAUAUAUUCAAUUAUCUUAUUACAUAAAGCUAUACAAGAUAUUCAUAAGUGUUUGCCAGUGUAAUUAUUGCAACAUUCAACACUAUAAUAUAAUUGAGAAUUUUAAAACUAUAUUUGUAAUAUUAUAAUUUGUAAUAUUAAU